UGGCGGCAGUUUAUGUUGGCCCAUGAAAGAAGUAUUUGUUUUUCAGUCAUGGAUUUUGAAUUUAAACUUAAAACGAACGAGCAGAGGGAAAGAGUGGAGGAUAAAUUUGAUUUUGAAGGUUGCAAAGUAGGUCGAGGAACCUAUGGACACGUUUAUAAAGCUAAACAAAAAGAUUGUCCAAAUGGGAAAUAUUUCGCCCUUAAGCAGAUCGAAGGAACCGGGAUCUCGAUGUCAGCUUGCCGUGAGAUAGCACUUCUUAGAGAGUUGAAACAUCCAAAUGUAAUUGCCUUGCAACGUGUGUUUCUGUCGCAUGCUGAUAGGAAAGUUUGGCUUCUUUUUGAUUUUGCAGAGCACGAUCUAUGGCACAUCAUCAAAUAUCAUAGAGCAUCCAAGGCCCAAAAGAAGGCUGUCCCUGUUCCCAAAGGAAUGGUUAAGUCUUUGCUCUAUCAGAUAUUGGAUGGCAUCCAUUAUCUUCAUUCUAACUGGGUUCUGCAUAGAGACUUGAAACCAGCCAAUAUACUUGUUAUGGGUGAAGGGCCAGAAAAAGGAAGAGUGAAAAUUG